CACACACACACACAGAGAGAGAGAGAGAGAGAGAACACAACCCAACCCCGAGCUCCCAGGACAGGGACAAGGGACGUGUUGCUGGAGUGCGCAGCAGAGCAGAGCAGAGCCAGGCACCGCCCGCUGGCCCUGGAGAUCCUCCAGAGGUGGCAGCCCCCCCCCCCCCACCCCUCCUCACACACCCCCCCCCCCCCCACCCCCGGACCCGGACCCCAAGACAAGUCGACUGCCUUGGCCAUGGCGGACCGCCUGAGCCGAGCCCUGGCGGGGGGCCACCGGCCGGACUCCGGGCGCCGGAGGCUCGGACCCCAGCAGCUGGACUGGCUGGUCAGCUGCUUGGCCGGGAGCGUCGGGAGGAGUCAGGGCUGGGGGUCCAGGCACCAGGACCCCCCUCUCCCUCCCCCUCCCCCUCCCCCCGCCUGCCCGGUGCUGGCGUGCGGCAUGUGCUCGGGGAUGCUGUACGAACCGGUCACUCUCUGGUGCGGCCACAGCUUCUGCAAACACUGCCUGGAGAGGGAGAGGGAGCGGGAGGCCGGGGACAAGCCGACCCCCUGCAAACUUUGCCAAGAGGGGGGGGAGGAAGAGGAGAAGGAGAAGAAGGAGGAGGAGGAGAAGAAGAAGAAGAAGGAGGAAGAGGAGGAGGAGGAGAAGAAGAAGAGAGAGGAGGAGGAGAAGCACCCGCCGCCCGGGGGAGAUGUGGCUGAGAUGGACGCGUACAAAACCAAUGUGGUCAUCAGCAGUUUGUUGACCAAGUGGUUCCCGUCGGAAACCAGAGCUCUGGGAUACAGAUACGAGGGCAACGCUCUGUACAGAACCAAACAGCCCCGCGCCGCCCUCCACAAGUACAACCAAGCCAUCGCGUUAGCACCAAAAGACCAUUUACUGUACAGUAACCGUGCACAGAUUAAUGCAACUCUGAAAUAUUUUGAAGAUGCACUGCGCGAUGGAGACACUGCUUGCAGACUGCAACCGUUCUGGCUGAAGGGUCAUUUAAGAAAAGCUCAAGCACUAGCCGGUCUGCAGAAAAUGGACGAAGCUUUAAGGGAGUAUCUGCUCUGUAUCGCUUUGGAUCCGGAAUGUAAAAUAGCGAGAGUGGAAGCUCAGAAGAUCCUUUGUGAUUUGUUUUCAUCCAUUCCUGAAUAUGUGCAUGAAAGGUUACCCGAUGCAUUAUCUCCACGAGAUAGAAUUAAGGGAACAUUCUUGAACUCUCUGAGUUCCAGCAGCCUUAUUGAAAGGCCACUUAAGGCAAAUUCUGAAAAAGCUAAUUGUGGUAUCACACAAGAAGAAUUGAAACCUCAUUUAUGCAGUAACCUAACUAAGCUAGCCCCAGUGGUGAAUGACAAAUGCCUUUGCCUCAACAAUGAAAAGACACGGAAGAGUUCACCUCCUGAGAUAACCAUGAAUAUAUCUGAAACAGCUAACGUUCGGAAGAGAAAAACUUUUUUUGUUGGAGAAGAUACACCUGGAACCACUGAAAGCCUUAGUAAAUACCUUAAGCAAGAUGCUGGCAGCCAGGGUACAUACACAGAAGAACACAGAGUUCUUUCAGAGCUCGUGGAUCCAAUUGACCUGGAGUGUUCCCUGUGUAUGAGGUUGUUCUAUGAACCCAUCACCACGCCCUGUGGACACACCUUUUGUCUGAAAUGUCUCGAACGAUGCCUGGAUCACAGCCCAAAAUGUCCUCUUUGUAAAGAAGGGCUGCCUGAGCAUCUGGAACUGAGAAAGUACAACAAGACUGUUCUAAUAGAGGAACUAAUUGCUCAUUACUUGCCUGGAGAACUUGCAGAAAGAAAAACUGUCUAUGAGGAAGAGGUGGCAGAAUUGUCAAGUCUAUAUCAAAAUGUGCCUAUAUUUAUUUGCACUAUGGCCUAUCCCACUGUACCAUGUCCACUGCACAUCUUUGAGCCUUGUUAUCGGUUAAUGAUUCGAAGAUGCAUGGAGACUGGAACCAAGAUGUUUGGAAUGUGCCUAAGCGAUCCAGUUAAGGGGUUCGCUGAAUUCGGCUGUAUGCUCGAGAUCAAAAAUGCAGAGCUAUUUUCUGACGGACGUUCUGUUGUAGAGACUGUUGGCAAACAAAGGUUUAAGGUGUUGCAACAUGGUCAGAGGGAUGGCUACACUACUGCAGAUAUUGAAUAUCUUGCAGACCAAAAGGUAGCGGGAGACGAAUAUGCCAAACUGCUUCGUCUCCAUAACUUAGUUUAUGAUCAAGCAUAUACGUGGUUUAACUCACUCAAACCAGUCCUGAAGACUCGAAUUGUAAGCCACUUUGGCUCAAUGCCAGGAAAGGAUGCAGAUCCUCAGGCAAGUCCUAACGGCCCAGCCUGGUGCUGGUGGCUGUUAGCUGUCCUCCCUUUAGAAAAUCGGGCCCAGCUUCCUUUUCUUGCCAUGACUUCACUGCAAGAACGUUUGACCAACAUCCGACGUGUAUUAAUAUUCAUGACCCAUAACCGCUGCCGGUGACACAAGCUUCGACCGGUCCCUGCUCACGCGAAUAGCACCGUAGAACUUGUAGCUGAACAUGUGCGCUAUGAUAAUAAUAACUAUUUUCUACUUUCCUGUUGUAAUGAACCAGUUUCUUGAAAGCCUUCUUUAUCUUCUCUAAUGUAAAGGGUAUAUCUGAAGCACAUGCACAAUCUUGAAGAUUUGGGGAAAGAAUGUUACUGAUAAUAUAACCAAUUGCUGUAGCAUUAACUGGCAGUCUUGCUGGUGACAUUACUGAACGUAUGGAUUUCAGUAUGUUUUUGCUAAAAAAAAAAAUUACAACCUAAAACUGUUUUAAUAUUACCUUAUUUGAAAAUGUAUAUUUUGUUAAAUCUUAAGUAUAUUUAUGAAAAAAGUUAAAAGAUUAUGCAUUAUUAUGUACUGUGAAUUCAGUUUAAAGACAAACAUAAUAAUCUGAAGAAAAUUACACAAACUACAUACAAUUUUGUUACAUAUUCAUAGUUACAUAGUUACAUGGUUCAAAUACUCCUAAAGGAUAUAAAUAAUGUGUUAAGUCUAAAUACAUCUACACUGGGAAUUCACCAUUUUAGGCAUUUGCUCUGUCAUUUUAAAUGGAUUUGAACUUCCUUUUUUUUAAUUCAAGCAUAUGCCAUACAUUAUAUUUCUUUUGAAUUAUAAGGGAAUAAUACUCCUUAAUUUUCUCCCAUUUCCUUUGUUUCCUGGCCCUGGACAGUCUCUUCUCAGGGAUCUGUCAAUGCUAUUCAUGCUCACUGGAAAAGAGGAGACUAAAAGCAAUUCAGAGAUGACUCUUUAUGAUUCUCUAUUCCAUUCCCUCCUUUCUUCCCAAUGGGAAGCCUUUUCAUUUCACCUGGUGCUCACCUGGGUAACUUGAUUAAGAUCAUGGCUUCAUCUCAUCACACUUUGGCAUUGUUCACUGGUGCUACAGACAUACCCUGUGCCAUUGCACUACCAAACAGUUUCUAUAAUGUGAACAAAACACAAGUACUGCAGAUGCUGGAAUCUGAAACAAAAACAGAGCGAGCUGGGAAAAC